AGCAAUAUAUAUCAUAGCAUUUGUUGUCUAUUUACAACAUGCUAAACUUAGGACUCUUUCGAUUUGAGCCGAAAAAAAACUUUACUAAGACGUAAUUCAGUUUAUGUUAAUAACUAAUAAUUAUAAUGUCACCACCUAUCACACCACCUAUCACAAUACUCCGGCUAGCGACGCUGGUAUUUGCGACAACUUCGCUUGCACUCAUCAACGCUGACUUACCAGAUGGAUUCGGUCCAAACCUCGACAGCGCCCGCGAGAACGGCCCCCAGAUAUUCAACGCCCUUCACAAUGCGAUGCGCGAGUUUGGGUCGGCCUUACAUCACAAUGGGAUGUCUCUAUUUCCGGCAGUAAUACCCGAGGGUGUGCUCUUGUAUCAUGGAACCGAUACCAAAGAAGUACCUAAGGGGUUUGAAUGGCUCGCCUUCGAAAUAGAGCACGCGGAAUCUUUUGCUCGUUGUCGAGGACCUCCCCGGAAGAACGUCGGCGGGGAUCAGAGCCAGAGUUCCUUGGGGUUUGCUACGUAUCCUCCUAUACCACCGCCCGGAAAGGGCCGGCGACCUAGAUGUCCCCCAGACUCCCCAGCAGGCCACUUGCAUAUCUACCAGGCUUCGCGACCGCUGAAUAUCCUUUACAUCGAUGGCAUGGCGGCUGGUAAGACAGUCAUGGGUACGGUCGAUACCCAAGAUAUCUUGCUGUCAGCUAAUAGAAGUCGAUCCUCAUUUAAUGACUGGGCAAGGGCCGACAACUUAUGUGCGUUGGCUCGGAAUUGGAAGAUUGACGGUUUUAUACGCAUGGAACCUGGUUUCGAGGUUAUCUAUUGCGAUUUUACGGAUGGCUUAAGACUCCUAUCGGCCAACCAGCGACCAGCGACAGACGAGCCUGGUGAUCUGGAUAACAUGCAAAUCUCAAUGUUUGAGUGGGCGAGGGCAGCUUCCCAGAGGUACCAAGGCAUCGGUUCAUCGCGUGUGAUACUUGAUUAUUCUUCCAUGAUCUCUGCUUUCUUCUAUCCGAUCAAUUUGACGAAUCCGGAUCCGAAGAGACCCGAUCUACCCAGAUUGACGCAGGCUAGCGAUGCAGAGAUGAGUGUCGUAAGGGAGCAGGUUGGCGAGUCGGUGCUUCGAUCGGUAUCAUCCCGAAAAGCUCCUGUAGACUGGCAGGGGGUAACGGAUAUGAUUGUUACUCGAUACGCCAAGCGGUUACCCUUUAUUGCUCAAACGGAUUCAAUCGACAUUAUAAGAAACGAGAUAAACGGCCUCCUCAACAUCUUUAUUGACUACGCAGAAACCGACGCCAGCUUCUUGGCUGCGCGACAACGCUGUGCGCAGUUCUAUCUUCAACCUGUCCACGCACGAACACUGCAAGAUGAGCUUUUACACGCGGCCAUUGAAAGCACUACUACUGCGAUCUGCUCUGCGCUUUUUAAGACGCGAGAGAUUAUCGUCGAGGAUACAGACGUUGAUGAACAGUUAGCAGUGGGUGCAGCAAGGCAGAUUAUCCACGACCUACUGGAAGUACUGCGCUGGUCGGAGUGGAAGGAAUGCGGCCCCUGCCAAGCGGACGAGUUAUGCUUCAUUGCGAUGUGGCCGUUCGGAAAUGUUGAAGACCAUUAUAAUCCCAGCUGUUUGAACUACUCUGCCGUCGUCGGCCGCCGCGAUUACUGGCAGCAACGCCCACCGCCGCUUUGUUUCAACGAACAACCGUGUCAAAAAUAUGACGACAUGAGGAAUGAAGAAUUAUGAUGAUGGUGAUGAUGAUGAUAAGGUCUAGUAUCAAAGAAAGCGAGGGGUUCAAGUCAUGGCGUGUCUGACAAUCGAGAUAAGCCCAACUGAGACAGUUUAGCACCGGGACUAUUUGUUAUUUUUUACAUGAGAUAUCCCAGUUAUUUCUUUACAGUUUUAAAGCUACCUACCUAAGUUAGCCUGUUUUCUUACUCUUAGUUUGGUACAUGUUUUAUGCCUAUUAGCAUCGGCGAUAGAACUACCCCUGAGGUACUGACUGAUUCCAGGCAUGAGAAAUUAGAGCGUCGUCAGUUCAUAUCAAGUCUAGAACGAAGGGUUUAUAGCUACCUAUGGUUAUUGCUGAUUAAUCUUAAAUAUGCAGAUUCACAGUGCCUUGCAUAAUAACAAACCCGUUCUCCCGCUAUCAUCACACGUACAGCAGCAAUGCAACCGUAACGCUACCAGAUCCCUG